AAUAAGCCGACUGUCCCACAAGGCAGCGCGCCAGCCCGGCGGCCGGGCUGCGAGCCCUUUGUGAGUGAGGGUCGCGGGCUGCUGGGGCAGCGAUGAACGGCUCCGGAGGGGCGGCCGCGGGCUCGGCGCCGGCCGCUCAGGAGGAGGGCGUGACGUGGUGGUACCGCUGGCUGUGUCGCCUGUCCGGGGUGCUGGGGGCCGUGUCUUGUGCCAUCUCCGGCCUGUUUAACUGCAUCACCAUCCAUCCUCUCAACAUCGCGGCUGGCGUGUGGAUGAUCAUGAACGCUUUCGUCCUGCUGCUGUGCGAGGCGCCCUUCUGCUGCCAGUUCGUGGAGUUUGCGACUGCGGUGUCUGAGCGCGUGGAGCGCCUGCGCUCCUGGCAGAAAGCGGUUUUCUAUUGCGGGAUGGCCAUCGUCCCGAUCAUCAUGAGCCUGACGCUGACCACUCUGCUGGGCAAUGCCAUUGCCUUCGCCACGGGCGUGCUUUACGGGCUCGCGGCCCUGGGCCGGAAGGGCGAUACCAUCUCCUAUGCCCGGAUCCAGCAGCAGAAGCAGCAGACAGAUGAGGAGAUGCUGGCCGAGACUCUGGAUGGUGAACUGUGAUGGGGCACCUGGAGACCCCUCACUUGCUGGCCUGGGAGAGCUGU